UCUUCAAUUCCAAACUCCACACUCAUCUCAACUCCCUUCCAUCCACUCAUGGGGUUCAUUGCCUUUCCACCAAAGUCAAUUCAUCAUCUCAAGGCAGGGCCUUCAUGCAUUAUCAGAAAACAAGUCAAAAUGGGCAUAGUGUGCCAUUUAAAGGUUGCUCGCAAUGGAAAUAUGGAGAAACUUCAAAAUGGAUAUCUGUUUCCUGAGAUUUCAAUGAGGCAAAUGGUUCAUAUGGAGAAGUAUCCAAAUGCCAAAAUCAUCAGCUUGGGGAUUGGUGACACAACUGAGCCUAUUCCUCUCAUUAUAGCAUCUGCUAUGUCUGAGUAUUCUCAUCAACUCUCCACCAAGGAAGGCUAUCAGGGCUACGGAGCAGAGCAAGGAGAUAAAGAACUGAGGAAGGCAAUUGCAGCAACUAUUUACAAAGACAUGGGCAUCAAACACACUGAAGUCUUCAUCUCAGAUGGUGCACAAUGCGAUAUCUCUAGAAUUCAGCUGUUGUUCGGAUCCAAUGCCACAAUUGCAGUGCAAGAUCCCACCUUUCCAGCUUAUGUGGAUUCGAGCAUCAUAAUCGGGCAGACAGGCGAAUUCAUGAGGAGCAGCGGCAAGUACGGAGGGAUCGAGUACAUGAAAUGCGGGCCGGAGAACUCCUUCUUCCCUGACUUCGCCGGCGUCCCGAGGACCGACAUCAUCUUCUUCUGCUCGCCUAACAAUCCGACGGGCCACGCCGCUUCGAGGGAGCAGCUGGAGCAGCUGGUGGAGGUGGCGAGCAGGAAUGGCUCAGUCAUCGUCUACGACUCUGCUUAUUCUGCUUAUGUUUCAGACGGCAGUCCUACUUCCAUCUACGAAAUCCCCGGCGCUAAAGAGGUAGCCAUUGAGAUCUCAUCCUUCUCGAAACUCGCUGGAUUCACCGGCAUCCGUCUCGGAUGGACAGUGGUGCCGCACGAGCUUUCAUUCUCCAAUGGCUUCCCCAUUCACAAGGACUUCGACCGCAUCGUCUGCACGUGCUUCAACGGCGCGUCCAACAUCGCACAGAGAGGUGGCUUGGCGUGCCUCUCGAAGGAAGGCAGCAAGGCCAUGAGGAAGGUGAUCCAAGUUUACAAGGAGAAUGCGAGGGUGUUAGCUGAGACAUUUGCUUCGAUGGGUCUCCAGGUUUAUGGGGGCAGUAAUUCUCCUUAUGUUUGGGUUCACUUCCCUGGAAGGAAAUCUUGGCAAGUUUUUACUGAAAUCCUCGAGAAGACUCACAUAAUUACAGUGCCAGGGAGUGGAUUUGGCCCUGGUGGCGAAGGCUUCAUCAGAGUUAGCUCAUUCAACAGCAGGGAGUGCAUCCGAGAAGCAUGCCACAGGCUCAAGAACUUUCUCUGAAAGCUUCAGCAACUUUCUGAAAAAACAAAACAAACUAUGGAAUAGAAUUCAAAGGUCACAAGAAUGUUUGCUUAUCAGUUCGGUUGUAUCGUGAUCCUCAUGAAUUGAGGAGAAACAAUUAAUCACCAUUCCAGUUGCUUGCCAAAAGUCACAAUUAGAUCUUAGCAAUACAUGAAUCACGAACUCAGUGCCUUUCAUGUAUAUCCAAGUCAGAGAUCGUAUCGAAGAAAGAAAACACUCAAAGAUAAGGUUUCAAGAAAAAAAAAACACUUUUCAGACCUUGAUUCAUGAAAUUUUCUGAUAUAAUUGAGGAAGGUCAAAAGGGCACUUGCAGGUGUGAUAGUUGCUUCAUCCACUUUGUGUUUAUGGACCUACCAAAGGCAAAUUAUUUGACCUGAAAAUAUAUAAAAACAAUACCACAAUUGAGAGGCUAUAAGUACUUCCUGUGACUCAAGAAAAGGAAAAAAACAAAGAAGAAGGAAAGUGAUGUUGUCCCUUGGAGCCAGUUAUGCUCAGAUUCAUCUUCAACAGGAGAAGUGCAAGCAGAAGAUGAAGAUGAAGAGGAAGAAGGAAGGACAGAAGAAGGCCAAGGAAAAGAAGGGAAGCAGUGAAGGAAGAAUCUACCCUUGUUCACCAAUUGAAGAAGCCAAGGCUGAACAAACAUGAAAGGAAAGCUGGAAAGAGGAAAAAACAAAAGUUUAGUAUCUUGUUUAUGCUUGAAGAACUUCUUGUUUCUUUCCAUGCUAGUAAACAUGCCUUUGAAGUCAUGGUUAGUGAAUGUAGUUGCUACAUGUUUUGCCGUUUGAUGGUUCAAGUUCUGAUGUACUACUAGUUUA